GGACGGACAGCAUUAAUGUGGGCAGCCUAUGGAGGACAUGUGGAAGUGUGUCAACUUCUCCUGGAGAACAGAUGUAACAAAGAUAUCACAGAUGAUGGUGGAUUGACAGCAUUAAUGUGGGCAGCCGGUAAAGGACGUGUGGAAGUGUGUCAACUUCUCCUGGAGAACAGAUGUAAAACAGAUAUCACAUCAAGUGAUGGAUACACAGCUUUACAUCUGGCUGCUAAGUGGGGACAUCUACAGACCACAAGAUGUCUUGUAGAACAAGGAGGUCUCAGUCCCUUGGUCAAAACACAUGAGGGUAAGACUCCAUACGAUCUAGCAGCAGCAGGAAAAAAGGGGCAUUAUAAAGAAGUGAUGGAAUACUUACAGACUGUCAUGUCAGAGAAAUCUUCAGGCGUGAAUGCUGGAAUAGGAAUAGAAGAUGAAGUUCCAACUGAAAUAAAACUAAUGACUGACAAAAGAUCUGUUGAAUUGUACCUUAAAUUACUUGAGUCAGGAUCUGAGAAAAAGAGGGACAUACGUUUGGUAGUAGUUGGAAAGAAAGGGGCAGGAAAGACUUCAUUGAUUAAAAGAUUGUUUGGUGAAGACAUUACAGAUGUUACCAGUACAAAUGGAAUAGAAAUUCACAAAAUUAAAUGCAAAGCAAAAUCUGAUGAUGGAAUAUGGAAUAAAUUAGAUGAAAACCAUGAAGAAACUGAACCUCAAGCAAGACUAUUGAAAGAAUACGAGGGAAAACUUCAGGACAAAGGAACAGUUGAAAAACCAAUACAAUCCCACAUUGCAAUUAAUGACAACACACCGUCAACGAGUUUUGAUGUAACAAAGAAAUCAAGGACAGUAUAUCAGCAGCCUGAAAUAAUGAAAUCUCAAAAAUCAGCAGAUCCGCCACUUACUAACCAGCAUCCAGACCAAUCACUUGAACAAGCAGGAAGGGAUUAUGAAGCCAUGCAAACUGCUCAGUCCAAAGUUGAUCUAACCGACAAAGAGGAGUAUGCCACAUUACUGCUAUGGGAUUUUGCAGGAGAUGAAGAAUUUUACCACACACAUCAAACAUUUCUCUCACCAGAUGCAAUUUAUCUUGUUGUUACAAAACUGAAUGAGGCUGAUGACCCUAAAGCCAAAGAUUUAUUCCGUUUAUGGAUUGACUCGAUACAUUGCUACUGCAGACUGGAACAGGACAAAAAUGAAGCUGAUGACAACAAAUUUCCAAACUGCAUUGAUCCACCAGUAGUUGUCAUUGGUACUUGGAAAGAUGCUGUUACCUGUGGAAUAGAAGAGCUUGAGAAUGCAUGCCAUGAAAACCUUUGGCAGUAUACCGAGAAUCUGUCAGAAGAUGAACGUGGACAUAUAAGAAGUAAAUACUUUAUUUCAAAUAAAAAAGAUGAUAACCAUGUUUUCCUGCAAAUACGACAAGACAUUUUAAACUUAGCCAGAUCAAUGAGAACAUGGAACACAGAUUAUCCUUUGAAAUUCAUUCAGCUGGAACAACGACUGCAAGAGAAGAAGAAGGAGUUACCAAUCAUUUCCUACCAGGAAAUUAUGCACAUGUCUGCUGCUACUCCAAAACCUCUAAGUGAGGAAGAACUGAGGUUAUUCUUGGAUUUUCACCACGAAAUAAGAGCUUUGGUUUAUUUUAAAGAUCUUCCAGAUUAUAUUAUUUUAGAUACGCAAUGGUUGUCUGAUGCUUUUAAAUGUAUAGUAACGGCCAAAAAAUUUCGAGCUGCCAAUAUUAGAAAUCAAAAAAGCUGGGAAGAAUUUUACCACAGAGGAAAAUUAGAUAAAGAAGUAUUAGAAGAUAUUUUUGAAAAUGAGAAAAACAUUUUGAAUAAACAUAAAGACUAUAUCCUUAACGUAAUGGAGAAAUUUGAUAUUGUUAUAUGCCCAAACAAAAGUGAGGGUUCUGGUGAAAAGCCAUGUUACUAUGUACCUUGCCUUAUUAAAGCAGAACCUGUGCAGGAUAUUUACAAAAUGUUUAAAGUGCCAGAAGAUGCCCGUAACAGAUCGACAUGGUUGUGUUUCAAAUUUAAGUUUCUACCGCCACAUCUUAAGCAUCAUUUGAUUGCUACACUGUGCAGGAAGUAUGAUAUCGCAGAAGUUGCUGUCCCUGAAAAUAAGAAACGGCAAAUUGCCCUUUUUAAGGAUAGUGCGGUCUUUGAGUUACAGAAGACGAAAUUGAGAAAAUUGCUUGUUUCGACAUGUCCAAACUCAAUUCAGAUUCAGGUUUUGGAAUUUGGGAAAGGAAUGGAAAAAGAAUUGUACAAAGACAUUGCUGACUUUGUUAAGUUGGAAUUAGAAAAUAUAAUACUUAAAAGAUUCAAGAUGUCAAAUGUUGAAUUUGAUAAAAAAUGGGAAUGUGGCCUUACAAAACCUGAGUUUGUGACAGGUUGUAAUGACUUUAGUGGAGAGGAGAUUACAGAAUAUUUCUGUGAGACAUGUAUAACACCGCACAAAUUUAUUGGUGAAUGGUCAGAGGAACAAAAUAAAGCACUCUCUUUCACAAAAGAGGAAAUCAAUUUUACAAAGAUGGGCAUUAUUGUACUGAAUAUUCUAGCUGAUGCUUCAUAUGACUUAUUGAAACAAGACAAACCAAAUAUACGUCCAAGGAGGGAAUGUGAUAUAACAAACUUGUACAGUGAGCACAGAAAUCUUAAUAAACAUAUUCCAAGUAAUUCAUGGGGCGGUUCAUGGCAAAGAAUUCAAAAUACCGACAUAGCUAUUGGAGAUGAUAUUGAGCGCAUAAGACUGACAAGAAACGAAUUACAACACUCUAGAAUAUUUCAACUUGAUGAUAAACGUUUUAAUGAAUUAUGUAACAUAUUAACCGACCUUUUAAAACGUUUUGAUCAGCAUAAUAAACCAACAACGCUGUAUACAGAUCAACUAAAUGAUAUUUUGGCAAAAACAGUUUCUGCAGAGGACGUGAAAUCAAUUGAAAACGAAUUAGGAAUGGCUAUUGAAGUUGAAAUUGAACACCAGGUUAAUGUUCCAACACAAUAGAGAAAUAACCUUAUCCGCUUGUUUUUUUUCUAACAAACAGUCAUUUAUGCACUUUGUGAAAAGUACACAUACUACCAUAGCAACAGAUUCGCCGAAAAACCUAUCCUUUAUGUAUAGAAAGAAUCAUCUUUAGUAGGGAUGUAAUGCUGCUGAUUAUUCAUAGAAUUCCAGACAGUAACGGGCAAGAUGAAAAAGUGGACAAAAGUGAAAUUAUGGACUUUAGUUAGAAAAUUGACCAAUAUUGGACUGCUUCAGUAUUAUUUUUAAAACAAUAAUCGAAUGCAGUAAAUACUGUUAUGAAAAUAUUACGAAUCUUUUCUUAUACCAUAUUAAUUAUGUACACAAAAUAAAUACUUGUUUUACCUAUGUAUUUAUGUAUAAAUGAAUUAUCUUAAUGUUUGUUUCCUUACGGGGAUCUAGUGUAUAUGAGAGAAUUUGUUAGUUUUUGUUUGAUAUUGUCACUGCUCUUCGUUACUUGGUACAACUUAAUGAUUGCCAUAUUUGCUAGUUAUUUGUCUGUCGCAGAAAAGAAAAUGUAUUUGAAUCUUCAAAUUUCUUUCAGUUUCUUGUCCUUGAGAUCUUUUAGGUUAUCUUUUGUCAUACAUAUAAGGAAAAUAAAAACAAAAUAAUUAAUAGAAUUAUAGUCUUAAUAUUUUCAUGUAUUAUUUCAAAAAUUUGUAUGUUGAUCAAAUCACAGAGCAAUAAAAGUUAUCAAAGGUACCAGGAUUAUAAUUUUGUACGCCAGACGCGCGUUUCGUCUACAUAAGACUCAUCAGUGACGCUCAUAUCAAAGUAUUUAUAAAGCCAAACAAGUAAAAAGUUGAAGAGUAUUGAGGAUUCAAAAUUCCGAAAAAGUUGUGCCAAAUACAGCUAAGGUAAUCUAUGCCUGGAAUAAGAAAAUCCUGAGUGUUUCGAAAACUUCAAAGUUUUGUAAACAGGAAAUUUAGAAAAAUGACCACAUUAUUGAUAUUCAUGUCAACACCGGAGUGUUGACUACUGGGCUGGUGAUACCCUUGGGGACGAAACGUCCACCAGCAGUGGCAUCGACCCAGUGGUGUAAAAGUUAUCAAAGGUACCAGGAUUAUAAUUUAGUACGCCAGACGUGCGUUUCGUCUACAUAAGACUCAUCAGUGACGCUCAUAUCAAAGUAUUUAUAAAGCCAAACAAGUCAAAAGUUGAAGAGCAUUGAGGAUCCAAAAUUCCAAAAAAGUUAUGCCAAAUACGGCUAAGGUAAUAUAUGCCUGGGAUAAGAAAAUCCUUAGUGUUUCGAAAAAUUCAAAGUUUUGUAAAUUCCAUGAAUGGAUAAAUUUAUUACAAUUUUUAAUAUUUUGAAAGAGUGUAUAUUAACAUAUUGUUUUAGUGGUACUUUGUUUGACUGUUGAUCAA